AUCUAUGGAACCCAAAGAGCUAGAUCACGGGUUUUGUCACUUCCUGCCUUAGUCUUCCCUUCUUUAUGAUUUUGCCCUCCCUGCCUUUUAUAGAGUUUUCCCUUAAUGGGCUUUGUUUGUUUUUGCUCAAUUCCUCUUAAGAAGAACACAAAUUAACAUAUUUAUAAAUCAAAGAUUUCUCAUCGAUCCAUUUGUUCUGAGUUCUUCCACUGCAAUUACAGCACAAAAUGAUUCCCUCCAAAUCAUUCUCCUACCACAAUCUGAAUGAAGAAGCUCAAUCCCAGGAUGCCCUUUCCUUCUACAAGUCUCUCCAAGAACUUAAAGAUUUACGAUCCCAGCUCCACUAUGCUGCCGAUUAUUCGGAAACAAAGUUCUUGGGUGCUGAAGAGAAAAACAAUGUGAUAGAAGACACAAAACUGUACGUAACCAAGGCUGUGGUAGCAGUUGUUGAUCAUCUUGGAGCCAUCUCAUCUCACCUUGAUUCCCAGCUUUCAAAGAAUAACUCAUUUUUUGAUACUGAACUUCAAAUCAACUGCUUGGAUCAGAAGCUUGUUACUUGGCAAAAGUACGCGCACAAGCUUGCCCUAGCAAGUGUGUCGUGGAACACACCCUCUCCGAGACAUUAUCCGCAUUACAUAUUCACAUAUAAAGAAAGAGGGCCUAAGCCUUCCAAGAAGUUUGAAGGCUGCAAACCAAUCACUGCUAAAACUAUGACUAAACAGGAGCUUCAUACCAAGGAAAUGCCAGUUUUAUUGUGCAGUCGCAGUGAUCUCCGAUCCUCUCUGGAAAGGAAUUUAGGUACUGCUGCUACCACAAACUGGGAUACCAGUAAUUCUGCCUCAGUAAUGUCUGUUCAUGGUGGCAAAGCCACACCAAAACCUAAUCCUUCUCUCCGUUCCCAGAGCACUCUUAAGCAAGGACGGAAGUCGUUUCUGCAUAGGAAAUCAUUUCAGAAGACUGAGAUCUUAUCCAUCCUCGGAUGGAAUAAAACAAAUAGCUUAAAUAUAGUUUAGGAACUCUAUACUGAACCCUAUUUUCUUCUUCCUUUUUCUCAGUUCAUGUUGCUAGCCUUCAAUAAAUACUUCUUGGACGCAUUAAAUAAUGAGCCUGGUACGCAAGUUUAUGUCAAGAAUUUGCUAUUUUUUAUGAUGGUAGGUCAUGUAUGUCUCUAGUUUUAACUAAAAAAAAUUUAUUGUGACCUACUAUGUUGGUAAUAGUGAAAGACGAGAAGCAGACUUCAAUUUUA